AUGGACCGGCCACACUCUCGAGGGGCUCCCCCCUCGUACAGCAACUAUGACGAAGACCCUGAUGAGCUUCGAUUGGGACCAUCAGGCAACCCUGCCGCCGUGAGACUGCUUCCAGCUUCUUCCUUUGACGAAGAAAUACCAGAACCCAGACAGUAUGUAUCACCACUUGCCCCUCGUCCCGCCGUUGUGCGCAAGGCUCUGUUGCCUGCACCGCUGCAAAUAACCAAGCCUCCAUCUGUCGACGGCCCUCGCAAGCUGCAGUCACUGUCGACUCCAGAGCAUCUGUCGACGCUGAAGCAGCAGGAAGAGGCCCGGACGCCUCUACCUUCAGCUGCGACGGCGAGAGUAAAGUUUUCGGUUGUUCCCGUCGGUCCUGAUGAGAAGCUCUGGGAUGAUGGUGGCUCCGGUACGAGCGGCUCGCCGUCGCGGAGGAGGACUGUAAAGUUGCAGAGGAAGGUCACCCAGGAUACUGUCGAGCAAGGCCAGACAGAUGCCAAUCUUCCUGUGAUCCCUGAGGGACCCUCCCCUAGGAUGAUGUCUCGCUCCCUCAAGAAGUCCUCGAGCGAGCCGGGCCAUCAUCCAGCUUUCAACACUUCUUUCUUGGAUGUCACAAGCCACCACUGCAACAAAGGCAAAACUUCAGAGUCUAACAAUACCAGUUCUCGGCCGACCCAACGGGCCUACCAGCCAUCAAUGAGCUCAAUUCACUCGCGACCCUCCUCCAUCAGUAACAUACCAAGCAUGCCUCCCCCGACCGAAUCCUAUGUGUCCUACAGGGAAACUGGAUCUCCAACCAGACCUUGGACACCUUCGCAUGUUGGUCGCAGCUCUGAUGAGUACCGGAGACCACCCCCUUCCUCGGUGCAUUACGAGCGAGCAGAUCUGAACGGAAGCCCCAGGCCAGGGACUCCGUCAUCCAGAUAUGGCGGCAGUCCAAGGCGGCCACUUCCCCCAGCUCCUCUCUUUGCUGGACCCGGAGCGCGUAGUUCAGCCUUUGCCGAUGAUGCAACUGUCUCCAUCCCGUUAUCCGACGUGGAUGACCCCUUUGGUCCUGGAUCGGCAGACUUGGGCGAGGCACGCGGGCACCGAGGCUCAUACGCAGGACAAUCGCAAGUCACACUGAAUGAGGAUGAUGAUGAUGAUAAUGAAGGUUCUCACCUUCGCGAGAGUGACGUCGGUUACGAUGACGCAGGGGACGAGAAGUCGGCGGCCCAUUACGGUCCUGCGCCAGCCGAGGGAGACCAGCAGCGCCGUGGAGUGCGAGCACCACAAAAGAGCCGCAAGGAGGUGCAGCUUAUCAACGGCGAGCUGGUUCUCGAAACCAAGAUCCCCACCAUCCUCUACAGUUUCCUGCCUCGCCGUGACGCCGACGAGUUCACCCACAUGCGCUACACUGCGGUGACAUGUGACCCGGAUGAUUUUGUCGAGCGAGGAUACAAGUUGAGACAGAACAUUGGCGUGACGGCACGCGAAACAGAGCUCUUUGUAUGCGUCACCAUGUACAACGAGAACGAGUACGACUUCACCCGUACCAUGCACGCCGUCAUGAAGAACAUUUCUCACUUCUGCCGCCGCUCAAAGUCACGUACCUGGGGCGAGAAUGGAUGGCAGAAGAUUGUAGUAUGCAUUGUCUCGGAUGGCCGUGAAAAGAUUCAUCCUCGGACGCUCGAUGCGUUGGCUGCUAUGGGAGUCUACCAGCACGGUAUCGCCAAGAACUACGUCAACCAAAAAGCCGUCCAAGCCCACGUAUACGAGUAUACUACUCAAGUGUCGCUUGACGCUGAUUUGAAGUUCAAAGGUGCCGAGAAGGGUAUUGUCCCCUGCCAGAUGCUCUUUUGCCUCAAGGAGCGUAACCAGCGCAAGCUCAACUCUCAUCGGUGGUUUUUCAAUGCUUUCGGAAAAGCCCUGAACCCCAACGUCUGCAUCCUGCUGGAUGUCGGUACACGCCCCGGUGGCAACUCACUAUACCACCUGUGGAAGGCCUUUGAUACCGACUCCAACGUUGCUGGGGCUUGCGGUGAGAUAAAAGCAAUGAAAGGCAAGUACGGCCGUAAUCUCCUUAAUCCACUAGUCGCCUCGCAAAACUUCGAGUACAAGAUGUCCAACAUUUUGGACAAACCCUUGGAGUCUGUGUUUGGAUACAUCACUGUCUUGCCCGGAGCGCUCAGUGCAUACCGUUACCACGCCCUGCAAAACGAUGCCAACGGUCACGGUCCUCUAAGCCAGUAUUUCAAGGGGGAGACUCUGCACGGACAGCAUGCCGAUGUUUUCACUGCCAAUAUGUAUCUGGCCGAGGACCGUAUUCUCUGCUGGGAGCUUGUUGCAAAGCGAGACGAGAGGUGGGUUCUUAAAUACGUCAAAGGAUGUACCGGAGAAACUGAUGUGCCUGAUACUGUUCCCGAGUUCAUUUCCCAAAGGCGUCGUUGGCUGAAUGGUGCUUUCUUUGCGGCUAUUUACUCGCUGGUGCACUUUCGUCAGUUAUGGGCAACGGAUCAUACAGUAGCCCGCAAGGUUCUCCUGCACAUGGAGUUCGUCUACCAGCUUCUCCAGGUCCUCUUUACCUUCUUCUCUCUUGCCAACUUCUACCUGACCUUCUACUUUGUGGCGGGUGGUCUGGCGGACCCUACGAUCGACCCCUUUGGCAACCGCAUCGGACUUUACAUAUUCACCAUCCUGCGCUACACUCUGAUUUUACUCAUCUGCGCCCAGUUCAUUCUGUCCUUGGGUAACAGGCCCCAGGGUGCAAAGAAACCCUACUUUGCCUCAAUGGUUAUAUACGGCAUUGUCAUGGUCUACACAACAUUUGCUGCCUUUUACAUUGUUAUCAGGCAGCUGACAGACCCCGAAGCGAAGCUGCAGAUCGGAAACAACGUCUUCACCAACCUUAUUGUGUCAAUGGCAUCCACUAUUGGUCUUUACUUCCUCAUGUCCUUCAUCUACCUCGACCCCUGGCACAUGUUCACGAGUUCGGCCCAGUACUUUAUGCUGCUGCCAUCGUAUCUGUGCACCCUACAGGUCUACGCCUUUUGCAACACUCACGACGUCACCUGGGGAACCAAGGGUGACAACGUCAUGAAGACGGACCUCGGCGGAGCAGUCGGCAAAGGAUCUACCGUAGAGCUGGAGAUGCCAUCGGAACAGCUCGACAUCGACUCAGGCUACGAUGAGGCGCUGCGUAACCUCCGUGAUCGCAUCGAGGUUCCCAAGUCGGGUGACUCGGAGGCCCAGAUGCAGGAGGAUUACUACAAGUCAGUCCGUACGUACAUGGUGGUGUCGUGGAUGAUCGCCAAUGGCAUCCUGGGCAUGGCCGUCUCGGAGAUCUACGCCGACAGGACAAUCAGCGAGAACUACUACCUGCGUUUCAUCCUGUGGAGUGUGGCCUCGCUUGCCCUUUUCCGUGCUCUCGGUUCCACAACCUUCGCCAUCAUCAACGCCGUCAACAUUGCAGUCGAGGGCCGCGUACGCCUCAGCCUCAAGUUGCCCACGUGGCUGGGUGGCAGUCGCGGAAGCACCAGCGCUAUCAGCAGCAGCGUCGGUAGCGGUACCAGCAUCUUUACAGGCCUGGGAGAGAAGAUAACUGCCACUUUGCGGAGACGUUGA